ACGAAGAUUUCUCCGAAUUCACUUAAAAGUGGUCGCAUUCAAUCGGGAGUCGCUUUAUUUGAAACUCAAAAAUGCACUUUUGUUGAGAACACCGGGGCGUCAGUUAUCUCACGACUUCCAUUUAAUGUUGAAGCUGCUUGGUCAUUGAAAUGUGGCGUACUCGUAGAACGACGUAUACCAAACGUAGAACGGCGUCAACGUCAAAAUCAGACCUUCACUUCUUCCUUACUCAAUGAUACCUCUGCGGAACCCCAUGCCCUUUUUACCAUUUUCCUCAUGUCCCAUCCUCUUGAUGAAUUGUCCCCAGUUUUGAUUAAAACCCCAGGUGCUAAAGAUUCAUCAUGUUUCAAGUUAUGUUUUGCAAACGACGAAAACCAGAAAAUUGUUGGUGUCGUUUCAGAGCUAGGUCUUGUCGUGACUAUUAAUAAGGCCUCGGGUUUACAUUCACUUUGGUAUCUUGGUAAAGCCCGCGUUGAGGAUUAUGCCCAUCUCUACUUAAUGGAUGAAGAGGGACGUAUUACUGUUGCUCCAGAUGCCUUGGCUACUACUUAUGUCGAAGCUUCUACGGUAAAUCCCAAAACACCGGUUGUAUCGACUCCGGUUGAUGGGAAAAAUUCUAUCAAUCAAAUAACACCGAAUCGAUGUCGUUUUCAACACCUUUCUGUGGCCUCCUCACCGUUCCUCAGUCCAUUUAGGGCUUCGCUUGAAAAAUUGAAAGAAUUGGCAAAGUCAUCGGCUGUUAGACGUCGUGAUUCCUUUCUACUUGACCUUAACGACGAUGCUUCUGCUGUAAGAUUUUUUCCACUUCCAAGUUUGUUUCAUCUUUUUGCUGGUUAA